CUGAAAUGGCGGAGCUGUGCUCUGCCGCGUCGCUCACCCCGCUCAACAUGGCCGCCGCCCGCGCACGGAGGAGCGCUGGGUGCAAUUUCUACAGGAAAUACUUUCCGGGGCUGGAACCGUGCGCAUUUGUCAAGGCCGCCAUUUUACCAACCUUACGACGUGAGAAAUCAUGAGUGACUUUUCUCUUCAGCUGGUUUCUGAGGGGUACCAUGAAAAUUUGCUAAGGCAGAUGUGUCAGUUGAGGACUAUGGGACAUCUCUGUGAUAUUGCAGUCCAAGUAGACUCUGGUGGCCAGAUGGAGACAUUCAAGGCUCACAGAGUGGUAUUAGCUGCAUCCAGUGGUUACUUUCGAAGCCUUUUGCUAGAAAAGGAUCCACCCAGCGAAGUCUGUUUAGACAAUCUCUCAGCUAAUGAUUUUGCCAGCUUUUUGGAGUUUGUCUACAGUGCCAAUUUAGAGUUUGUGAAAGAGAGGACUUGCAGCAUUUUGGAAAUGGCCAAGGCGCUACAGUGUCAGGACCUCGUGGAAGCUUGCAGUGGGGUCAAUAAAUUUAUGGUCUCUGAAACAGACAGUGUUGCAUACAAAACAGAUCCCAUAGCACACGAUGGCAAAACCACGGCAAACACCCAGAGCAAUGUAGCAGCAAGUUUGCAGUUAGAAGAACCCAGUUCAGAUAAAGCUACCUCAGAGGAAUUUAGUGUGGUUGAAAAACCAGAUUCUCCAAACAGGACAGUAAAGAACAAAGAGAUAACCCCUGAAGUGCAGGGCAGGAGGUUGAGUAACAGAUUAGCGGGCCGAAAAGUAUGCGUAAAUCCUCCCAAGAGAAAGUACGGGAGGAGGCUGAAGGAGCAGCACAAAGCACGGCAGGGGUCAGGGAAAACGCAGAGCGAGAGGGCGCCACAGGAGGCGCGGCUCGGGGCCGGAGCUGACGGGGAGAAGCGGGUCGGGGAUGACAGGCAGGCGUCUGAUGAAUUGCCUGAUCUGAGCGACACCGACGAGCUGGAAGCAGCAGAAGACGAUCCCAACGACCUGGACUUCCAGAGCAAUGAGGGUGAGGAGGAAGGCAACAAGGGGAAGAAGAGGAAGCGGAGCGUCCAGUUCCGCUGUGAGAAGUGCCAGCGCUCGUUUCACUACGGGAAGAGCUACCUGAAGCACUUGAUGGUGAGCCACGGCGACCUGCCCGAGGUUACGUACCGCUGCGGCACUUGCCAGCAGACCUUCGCCAACCGCUGCAACCUCAAGAUCCAUGAGCGGCACGUGCACAGCGACGAGCGCCUCUUCCCCUGCGACGUCUGCGGCAAGGCCUUCAAGCGCAAGAAGGACGUCAAGAGGCACACGCGGCAGGUGCAUGAGGGCGGUGCCGACCGCCAUUUCUGCCCCAUCUGCGGCAAAGCCCUCAGCUCCAAGACGGCCCUCGUGCUGCACGAGAGGACGCACACGGGCGACCGGCCAUACCAGUGCGGCGACUGCGGGGCAAAGUUUUCGCAGAGCUCAGCACUGAAGACCCACCGCAGGACGCACACGGGCGAGAAGCCUUUCUCCUGCGAUCAGUGUGAUGCUAGGUUCACCCAGAACCACAUGCUGGCCUAUCACAAGCGAUGCCACACAGGCGAGAAACCCUACAUGUGUGAGAGCUGCGGGAAAAGCUUUGCAUCCAAGGAGUAUUUGAAACACCACGCCAGAAUCCAUUCGGGGUCUAAGCCAUACAAGUGCGAGAUCUGCGAGCGGGCAUUUGCGCAGAGGAACUCUCUGCACCAGCACAUGAAGACACACACAGGCGAGCGGCCAUACAGCUGCAAUGAGUGCGGCAAGCAGUUCACGCAGCUGAAUGCCUUGCAGCGGCACAACCGCAUCCACACCGGGGAGAAGCCCUACAUGUGCGUGCUCUGCAACCGCACCUUCACGGACAAAUCCACCGUCCGGAGGCACACCAUGACGCAUGACAAGGACAUUCCAUGGAAGAACUACCUGGUGGUGCUUAAAGGAAACGUGGAGAGCGGACCAAAGAGGAUAAAGCAGGAUGGCACGGAGGAGAAGGAGGACGAGAGCGAACUGGACGGUGCCGGUAAGGGUGUAAAGGCUGAGACGACGACCACAGUCCAGGCUGAGUCUGUCACCAUCUCGGGGGACUGGAGCACGGCCGGGCAUGGCGCCAUCGCCCUGGUGAGCCACCCCACGUUGGGCGGCUUCACCGUCAUCCAGACCGACGUGCAGGCGAGCCAGCUCCAGUCAGCAGGUGGCGCUGACCCGCUACCUCUCCCAGUCACAGUCUCCAUCCCCCUGCCCGUGUCGCUGUCCGUCCCUAUCUCGGCGCCGCUCUCCGUCCCCGUUUCGGUGCCCCUAUCGGCGUGCACCCCCGUCGCCGACGAGGUGUGCGUUACGGUGCAGUCCUCAGAGCUGGACCCCGAAGCCGACCCGGAGCAGGUGUCUGAGAUUGCCGCAGUCGGACACCUCGGGGUGACCGAGGACGUGCCUGUAGAAACUAUGAGCGUGGAGAUGGAGGUCACUUCCGAGAGCGUGUCCGACACGGCGAUGUAGGGCUAAACUCCGCUGUCUUUAGAGAAUGAAUGUGAUCUAGUUCCACUGUAGCUGUUGUAAUGGGUUAGAUCUCAGCUAUCAGAAGGUUUUGUCUAAAAAUACAUGAAAUGCAUAUAAUCUGCCCAUGCAUCAUUUUGAACUAAAUAAUGAUAAAUUUAGCAGUUCUGUAAAUAAUCUGAGUGCCUGGUUCUGUUUGUUUUAGUUCUAUAGCACUGAACACUUCCAGUGCUGAAGAAUGAUGCGACAUCUUGUCCGUUUGUGUAGCAUUUAAUUGUUUAUGUUUGACAUUUCAAAGCAUUGAGACAUUCUCAUACUAAUGAGGGCUGUUUACACCCAUUGUAAUGCACACUUAAUGUAUAUAAUUCAUAACUGACCAGAUGCUGUACAGUGCUCUUUGAGCUACAUUAAGUAUUUCAGUAUGUAGGCUUCUUAGUUACAGACAGCUGUUUUGUACUUUAGGUUCGGCCUGUCCUUUUACCUUAACACGAUAAAGGUUCUGUUGUUCCCUGGUGCAGUUUUUAGACGUGUGAUAGUUUCACUAAGGUCACGCUUUCAUGGGUGAAUGUGUGUCCGUCUCGCUGUUACCGCUAUCCUUUCAGUCGAAAGAUGUAUCUGAGAUCAGAUAUUCCUCGCAGCUGGAAUGGUUAAGAUGGUAAAUGCAAACCCAACGUGGCACAACCUGUCAUAAAGAUACAGUUUCAUUACCAUCAUUCAUCUUCAUUCCUGCAGUAUGUACCCAACAACAUCUGACCUCUGCUUUGUCAGAUGCAGGUUAUGUGCUGGUAGACUAAGACAUAGCUUUUUAAUGUACUACAUUUGUGUAUUAGGAUGAAUAUAACACAACUGUCUGUACUCGGGUGUGACAUACCAAAUUUAACAGUACAACUGCAGUGUAAUUUGGUGUUUAAGGAGAAUAAAGUUCAGUGUUGAAUUAA